GUCAUUCCUUCGUCUUAUCAAUUUUAUUAUGAUAAGACAUACACUGUUUGUAUUAGGACAUUUUAAAAUGUACUGAUCAUUUCCAAAUUUUGGUUUUUGAAUCUACCUUUAAUUUUAUUUUUAAUUUAUGGAGUUAUUUAUUUCCAAUUUACAUAGAGCAAUCUUUCCUAAAGGAAAUGUCAGUAGAAUUGCUGCCUCUCAUUUUUCAACUAGAUCAGAAGUAGCUAAUUGUUUUGUUACUUUGGGUGUUCCAAUUAAUAGUGAUCAAGAGACAGUCAGGUUAGCUUUUAUAGAAUUAGUGAAAAAAUACCAUCCAGAUAGUAAGUCUCCAUAUGCAAAUGCUGUCAAAUUUCAAGAAGUAGAAGAUGCAUACAGGAAAUUACAGGAUAAAUUCGCUAAAGAUAGAUUCAAUGUUAAUGAAGGACUAGGAGAGUAUGGUUUAUAUUAUGAAGAAAAGGGGGAAGUGGAACAUCCUGAUAUUGAACAUACUGCUCCCCAACAUAGACAAUACUUGAGCUAUGAUGGCUUAGGUUCAGGAACACCAUUUCAGAGGUUCAAGCAGUAUAAUGUUCAUAAAGCAGCGAAGGCAGUUGAAAAUGUCACUCAAUACAGAAUUAAUAAGUUAUCAGAAGAAAAUCCUGAAUGUAAGCAAGUGAUGAAAAAAGAAAGCAAAAAAAAAGUCAAAGACAUAAGAACUGGAUUUGGCAUGGACCGUCUUGUUGAAGAUCUGAUUCAAGAAUCUAUUUCAAGAGGAGAAUUUGACAAUCUAUCAGGAAGUGGAAAACCUUUGAAACCUACUACCACUGAAAACAAUCCAUAUGUUGAUUUUGUUACUCAUAAAAUGAAUCAGGUCCUGAUAGAGAAUGGAUUUACUCCAACAUGGAUAACUUUGCAAAAAGAAAUAAGGGAAAGCACAGAAGAACUGCGGAAAAGAUUAUUUAAACUGAGGGAAACCAUGGGACCCGUUCCUUUAACGGAAAAAGAAGACCACUACUGGCAGCAAAUAACAACAAUACUUAGUGAUGAAGUAAAACAGAUAAAUGGAAAAAUAGAUACCUAUAAUUUGUUGGUGCCACUUCUUCACCAACAAAUGCUCCAUCUUAAUAUAAAAAAGGAGUCUGAUGAAGCUUUGUAUAAAGGGUCAUAUAAAAAAGUGCAAGUUGUAGAAAUGAAAAAUAAUGAAGAAGAAAAUACAAGGAAGAAGAAAGGUCUGCACAGAUUUCUCACUUCAAUUUUUCGGUAGUGACGUAAUUAAGUCCAGUAUGCUACUUGCUAGUAUAUUCUAUUAGUAAAACAUGUAUUUUAAUAAAAUUUGUAAGAUAAAAUA